ACGCUUUCAAGAGUACGGUUUCACCAUUAAGGCUGAAAAGUGUUCCUUCGGUUCGCAGCAGAUAAAGUAUCUGGGGCACCUUAUCGACAAACAUGGUUUGCGCCCGGAUCCGGCAAAAAUCGACGUCAUCCGCAACCUUCCGCCGCCGACAGAUGUGACGGGUGUUCGAUCCUUCCUAGGAGCCAUCAAUUAUUAUGGCCGUUUUGUUCCUGCGAUGUGAACACUGCGUUAUCCACUGGAUGAGCUGCUCAAAGGCAAUAAACAGUUCAACUGGUCAGCCGAUUGCCAAAAAGCGUUCGAUCAGUUCAAAACUAUUCUGGCCUCCGAUCUUCUGUUGACACACUACAGUCCAGAAUUGCCGAUCGUCGUUUCAGCAGACGCUUCAUCGGUAGGUGUCGGCGCUACAAUCAGCCAUAAGUUUCCGGACGGUUCAGUGAAGGUCAUCCAGCAUGCAUCCAGGGCUCUCACUGCAGCCGAACAAGCAUACGGGCAACCCGACCGUGAAGGUUUGGCGCUUGUUUUCGCCUGCACCAAGUUUCACAAAAUGUUGUACGGUAGAAGUUUCACCCUUCAAACAGACCAUGCUCCUCUGUUACGCAUCUUCGGAUCCAAGAAAGGCAUACCCACCUACACUGCCAACCGCUUGCAACGAUGGGCGUUGCAACUACUGCUGUACAACUUCCACAUCGAGUACAUCAGCACAGACAAGUUUGGAAACGCCGAUGUAUUAUCCCGAUUGAUCAACAACCACAUCAAGCCCGACGAAGAUUAUAUUAUUGCCAGUGUCAACUUGGAAGAAGAUUUGGGAUCCGAAGUAGCCGAUUCCGCUAGACAAAUCCCUCUGAAUUUCAAGGCGGUUCAGAAUGCUACUCAAUCAGAUCCGGUACUUGGCGAAGUCUUCCGUUUUAUCCUGAAUGGCUGGCCUAAGUCCCGAAAAUUGAUUUCCGAUCACGAGGUCCAACGUUUCUUCGACCGCCAAGACUCCUUAUCUAUCGUCCAAGGAUGCGUUAUGUUUGCCGAGCGUAUUGCUAUACCAUCGAAAUUCCGGAACCAAUGCCUUCAACAGAUGCACAAAGGUCAUCCCGGAAUACAACGCAUGAAGUCUAUCGCACGAAGUUUCGUGUACUGGCCAUCUUUGGAUGCAGAUAUCGUCAAGUUCGUGAGCUCUUGUAAACCGUGCGCCAUGGUGGCCAAAAGUCCACCGUUAUCAUCGCCUCAGCCGUGGCCCAAGCCGGAGAAACCGUGGCAGCGUUUACACGUUGAUUACGCGGGGCCCAUAGAAGGAGAUUAUUUCUUGUUGCUGGUCGAUUCUUUUUCUAAAUGGGUGGAGAUAGUCAAGACCAAUCGCACCACAUCAGCAGCUACCAUCGGUAUCUUACGGGGCAUUUUUGCACGCUUCGGAAUGCCGAUAACUUUGGUCAGCGAUAAUGGCUCGCAAUUCACCAGUACCGAGUUUGCAACCUUUUGUGUCGAAAACGCCAUUCAUCACGUUACAACAGCCCCCUAUCACCCACAAUCAAACGGGCAAGUCGAGCGUUUUGUCGACACUUUCAAACGCUCCUUGCGAAAAAUCCGAGAAGGGAAGGCGACGAUUCAAGAAGCUCUGGAUACAUUUUUGCUAACCUACAGAACAACUCCUAAUCCUGUUACUGGCCAAUCUCCUGCGGAUUUAAUGUUUGGGCGACCAAUCCGUACUUGUUUGGAGUUACUUCGACCACCACCGACACCCAACGUUCCAGAGAGGCAACCCGAAGGUAAAGUGCGCUGCUUCAAGCAACAUGAUUCAGUUUAUGCUCAACUUCAUUCCAAAAACACCUGGAGAUGGGCAGCCGGUAUCGUGCUUGAACGUGUUGGUCGAGUCAUGUACAACGUUUGGAUCGAAGACUCCCGAAUGUGUCGAAUUCAUGUGAACCAGAUGAGGAGCCGAUCAUCCAGCAACACGCUCACUCCAGAUACAUAGCUCGCCGAACGUUUCGAAUCCUGGUGCACCUUCCCAUCAUUCUACGCCUGUACAAGCUUUGCAUCCUGAAAAUAAAGCAUCAUCGCCGAGUAAUGAUGCUUCUUCGUUGUCAGCAUCAGUGCCAUCGUCGUCGUCUCCGUCCUCUACUACCACUACGAGGAAUUCGUCCGGUUUCCGGACGGCAAUAGAAACAUUACCAGCUGUGCAGCAACCACGCCGGUCUUCGCGAGUUCGAAGAGCGCCGCAGUGGUUCGAUCCGUACCAGAUCUAUUAAGAGGGGAGAUGUUGGGGCCAUGAACAAGCCUACACGAGCACUGGGCUCACUGAUGGCAGCUGACAGCUCUCGUCAGUGGAGACAGCAUGAGUGAGAGAAAGAGAAGAUUAAUGUUUAUGUUUGUAUCCACUUUAGUUUCCGUCGCGACACACUAAUGUACAAGU